AUGGAGGAGGUGGUACAGCAGCCGGAAGAAGAGGACGUCGAAGAGGCAGCACAAGUCGCUACUGUCAGUGCUAUGGCUCGAGAGGAGGCUGCCAAACAUGGAGAACAUGACCACCUGCCGCUGCCGGACAACCCGCGAGCGCCUAAGCUGGUGAUGGACAUGCUAGCGGAGUCGCUGCAGACAUAUCUGUACCUCUAUCAUCCAUACCCUUUUACCCCUCCCGAUGUUCCCAAACCCCCUCUUCCCUACCAACCAUAUGACUUUGGUUGGGCAGCUGCAAACCUGCACAACGUCGUCUCUAAAAAAGACCUAGCUCUGAUUAAUUCCCAUCCGAUCUUCACGCUCUGGGAUUGGUUCUCGAAGUGGUGGGUGUACCUCGGUGUGGAGGACUUGAGCACCUCUGACGACUACGCAGCUAUCUUCGACUGCUACACGAUACAGGUUCACCCUGGAUACGACAGCACCACCAAGGUCCACGAUAUAGGCCUCAUAUACUCGGCCAGCUUGAUCCCUUUCAACCAAUACAUCAAGCCAGCCGUUCUGCCCCGCUACUCGGACGUGGAUAGUAGUCUCGAAGGAUCAGAAAACACCGUUUGUGGAUGGGGAUCGCAAACAACAGGUGGUGCAGGCUCGCAGACGCUGUGGUAUGCAUACUUCGAUUCCGUGACGCUUUGCAGCCCUGCAUGGUCGUACUGUGGUGUCGGCCGCUACGGAGAGGCACUCUGUUCAGGUGACUUCGGAACCUCGAUGCAGCGCAAGGAGGCGGACGGGAACUUCACGGUGGUGGGCGUGGCCAGCUUCAUACAGGGCACCACCACCUGCGAGGGCGCCACCUCCGGCUUCACCAUGGUGGCCGCCUACCUCGACUGGUUGGCUCGACAUACGCGGCUUCCAGUCUACCCUUGA